CCGGCGGAAGCCAGACGGGGCGCGCCGGUCGCCGGUUCGAGUCCCGCCACCGCCUCCACCGCUACUCAAAGCCUCCCGGGGCGCCAUGGCUUCGCUGCUGAGUUCGUACGGGUGGGCGCCGCCCGAGGCGGGACCGGCCUCCGCCUCCGCGGGAGCGCGGUCCGAGAAGGGGGUCCCCGAGAGCCGCAUCCGGCGGCCCAUGAACGCCUUCAUGGUCUGGGCCAAGGACGAGAGGAAGCGCCUGGCCGUCCAGAAUCCGGACCUGCACAACGCCGAGCUGAGCAAGAUGCUGGGCAAGUCUUGGAAGUCCUUGACACCCUCGCAGAAGAGACCUUACGUCGAAGAGGCAGAAAGGCUGCGGGUUCAACACACGCAAGACUACCCCAACUACAAAUACCGGCCCCGACGGAAGAAGCAGGUCAAGCGGAUCUGUAAGCGAGUGGAUCCGGGUUUCCUCUUAGGCAACCUGUCCAGGGAGCAGGACCCCCUGCCGGAGAAGAGGGUCGCGUGUGGCACCAGGGCCCUGGGCGAGAAGGACGGGACGGCCGAAUAUUCUCCCGCGUCCGUGCUGCCGAGCCUCGGGAGGUACCGGGACGCCCCCGGGAGCACCCCAACGGCCCACAUGGACAGCAGCUAUCCCUACGGCCUUCCCACCCCACCUGAAAUGUCUCCCUUGGAUGCGAUUGACAACGAGCAGAGUUUCUUCUCUAGCCCGUGCCCCGGUGAAGACCCUCACCAUCCCCACAUGUCCGGGGGGCCUUACUCUCUGGAAUAUGCUCCCAGCCCUCUCCAUUGUAACCGCCCUCUCAACCACAUGCCGGUCAACCAGGUCUCCUCCAUCCACUCGGCUCCUUCCGGUUGCCCGACGGGUCCCACCUUGGGCAGUUAUUACGGGCCGUCUUUCCACCCCACCCUGCAGCCCCCCAACCUUUCCACGCACUUGGGCCAGCUCUCGCCUCCCCCCGAGCAGCAGAACUUUGACAGCCUGGACCACCUGAGUCAAGCAGAACUCUUGGGGGAGAUGGACCGCAACGAGUUUGACCAGUAUCUCAACGCCCCCGGGCAUCCGGAACCUAGCGGGAUGAUCCUCAGUGGACAUGUCCAGGUGUCUCAGGCGGUGAGCGGCGCCCACUCCUCCUCCGAGACCAGCCUCAUCUCCGUCCUUGCGGAUGCGACGGCCACUUACUACAACAAUUACGGCAUCUCCUAGAGAGAGAGAGGAGAAACUGCUCUCCAUUCACCCAUUGAGGAAAGACUGAGUGGUUUUUACAAGAUGAAAGGUUUGGGGACCCUCUCCGGCCAGCUUUCCCCUUGACCUCAGGGAGUUGCCCAGACUGAACUGAAAUGGCUUUGGAGGUGACUCUUUCCCAAAGAAUUGCUGUAAUUUAUCAUUCCUCUCUCCUUGCUCCCACUCAGUCUAGACCUUUGAACAUCUCGACUUCAUUUCCCCCACACACUUCUUUCCAACCUUUGAUCUUCUCUCUUCCUUCCAUGUUGAAGCUUGCAUUCUGAUUGUCUUGGUUAGGAUGACAGAGUAAGCCGGACUGUACACCUCUUACUAUACUGGGGGCUGGAAAAGACUUAACGUCCGCAUCCCCUCGCCUGCAACUGAUCUGCAUAUCGAAUUAUCCCAGUGAGAAAUAAUUGCCCCGUAGCGAAAGUUUGAAAGGACAGACCCUGAGGAUUGCCACCUGAGGACGUUCAUCUAGAUCUGAGCUUUUUUUUUAAUGCCUUGCUCUUUUCAGGUCCCAAUCCUGUCUUCAAGGUAGUCACGGGGAGAUCACUAGAGAAUGGGUACAGACAACAAGUGAUUGGGACAUUUUAUAUAGCUCUUUUUUCAAAUGCAGGCUACCAGCCCCAGGUGCUCAUGCAUCCAGUUUCCCUGGGAAUUUCUCCUAGGUAGACCCUCUUUGCAGGAGUUCCAUGCGGUGCACGCACAGGUCCCUUGAUGAGCUUGAGCUGACGUUUUUGGCUCACAUGUCUUUUUAUCAAAAAAUACAUGUAUAUAGGAGCUUACCUAGGAGAUUUCCCCGGGUUAAAGAUAGAAAAAAAAUAGCCUUUGUCAAUCAAAUAGCAUACACUCAUUGUCACUUUCAGCUUGCACACACUUUUCAUGUUACUCCACUGCUGUUUCUAACUCAGUGGGUUUCAUUCUGAAAUAUUGGGGGAGGUUUAACCUGGUUUAGCAAGCAGUUAAUGGGAUUGAUACUCAUAAAGCUGCUUUGGGGGUCUUAUCCUCCAGCUCUAUCCUCUUGCUUGAGUAGGAAAAUGGUCGCUUAGUCUAGGGUUGGUUGGUUGGUUUUGUU